CAGUAGCCCCCGCGCCGCCGCCGCACGCUCAGUGCCGUGUCUGUGUUGCUCGCCCGCCCUCACACCCACCACCUGAGAGCCUCCUCCUGGCCACACCCAGGCUCCCUGAGUGCAGGGCCUUUGGCACUUGUUGGGUGACGCCUUUCUGUUGACGGAAGUGUCACUGCCGAUGUCGUUCCUGCCAAAAGUUUGACAAGUGCUUGCUCAUAACAGUUUUUACUUGAUUUUUACACUUCCAUUCAUUAGAGGACUCGACCCAGCAAGAGUCUGUUUAUGAGUGAAAAAAUGCAUUUUACUGAAGCCUAUGUUUAGUGUCGGUUGUGGGAAAAGAAGUAUCCAAUAUCAGAAAUAAAAAAUAUAAUGUUUCAAGUUCAUACAAGCUGUUGAGCUGUAUUACAAGAUUUAUUUUUUGGUUGUAUGCAAAGUGACCGAAUGUUUUGGAAGUGAAGUGCAUUUGAAGUGGAAUGGGAAACGUAGAAGGUAAAGCGACCGGAGGAAGGCGGCGCGUAGAUCCCCCUUACUGCACGGCACGCCCCCUUCCUCCUCUGCCGAACGACGACGAGGAGGAGGACCUGGACCUUGAUUCUCCGCCUCCGUACCCGCCUCCGCCGCCGCCUUCAGAAGAGCGGUCCAAGCGGUAUUCCUGGCGGAUGUCUGACUCCGCCGUCUUUGGCCAAGGCGAAAAUAAGAGGCGCUCGUGGCUACUCAACUUAACCAACGGAGGCGACAAAACGAAGAGUAAAAUGGCGAAAGACGGUAAGGAUGUCGAUGAUGUUAACAGUAAGAUCAGUGUAGGUAGCAUGGAUGUGUCAGGGGGAGUUGGAGUGAAAGCUUCCUUUAAUGAACCACAUAUAAAUAUCCAAGAAAAUUCUUGGACUGUAGAGGGGAAGCCCGACGCAAACCAAACGACGGGGAAAGAAACCCAUGUGUUUACGUACAACAUUUCUGAUAAGGAAAAGGCGAUGCAUGGAGAGAAAGUCAUAAAGAUGAAGACUGAGUAUGUGAGAGGAGAAGACAGUAGUGCACCAGGAUACAGUGUUCUUCAUGAAUGUCUUCAGCAUGACAUGAACUCUGAAGGCAGAAUGAUUCAUGAUCAAAACAAUACACAGCUUCCAUCUUUGGAUCUUAGCUGUACAUCCAACAUGAGUGAUGAGCUGAAAAAUGUCAUUGACGAGCUUCGAGGCAAGCCAUCCACUGAAGACAGCACUGUAUUUAAAACUGUCUCUGAACACAAACGAUUUGUCAGUAUCACAACUACGACUAAGAAGGAAGUAUCUUCGCAUAUUAAUAUUAAUGGCAAAGAUUAUAGUUCAACCACAAAUGAUUCUCUUAGUAAGCUGGAGGCAGAACUAAGUGCGUUGCUCUCUCCUGAACUGGAAUUACACACCAAUUCUGAGACAGUCAGUAACAAAAACACUUCCGUUUCCAUGCGUAUGGAAAAUGGGCAUGGGUCUGGUGCAAAUGUGGGGUUAGGUUCUAGCACCAGUCAGGCUCAUAGUUCACAAGUAAACCAAAGCUAUAACAUAUCAGUGACACCAACACUUCCAUUACCAGACAUUCAAGAAUUCUCUGGGAAAGGUAUUCCAUUGCUGCCUGACCUUGUGAAGGGCAACAAUAAGGGAGCCAUUACCGUUGAAAGUUCACUACAGGGGCGUGACAAAAAUGUAAAUGUGGGGGCGGGAGGCAGUAUAACCGGCCCAACUUGUGAUGUUCAACUUGACAAAAGAGGAGAUUUUGGAGGUGGAAGAUUAGAUACAAAGUUUGAUAGUUCAUUACCACAGGGUAAAGGAGAAAUUGAUGGAUUACACAUAAGGGGAGAUGUGUCAGGUCCCAGAUUAGAUGUGUCAGCUGAAGGUAGCAAGUUCCAUACUCCAGGGGUAGCCUUGGCAGGUGAGAGUCUGCCACGGGGAGAUGUCAGCAUGUCAGUGGAGCCUGUUAUACCUGAUGUAGGCAAGCCUGCCACUAAGAGUAAGAAACAGUCAUCUGGUCCUUGUGCUUGUUUGAGCAGUCCUAAGAAAAUCGAACAAGAAGAGCCAUACAUAUCAGUGGGCGUUCAAGGGGAAGGCAAAGGAGAAUUACCGUCAGUGCCUGCUGGCUCAGUAGAAGUAGAAGGGGUAGACUCAGGUCUUAGAACCGAAGGUACAGCUACUGCAAAGAUUCCCCAGAAAAAACGCUCUGGUCCAAAAGCUAAACUUGGAUCAUGUUUUGGUAAACCCAAAUCAUCAGAAUUUGAUACCCCAGAAGCAGAUAUUAAAGGAGAGGUUGAAAUUAAGAGUCCAAGAUCAACUGCGGACCCAAGAGCAGAAGCUAGUGUAAAUAUCCAAGUGCCUGAUGAGAAUGUGAAAAUUGGAAAAGAUCCAGAGAAGAAAAAGGCAAAGUUUGGCUCAUGUUUUGGGAAGCCUAAAGAACCAGAGUAUGAUGUAAAGGGAGAAUCUUACAGAGUGAUAUCAGAUGAACCAGAAUUUGAAGGCAAGUUAGAUGCUGGUGCCGUAUCACCAACACCUAUGCCUCAAGUCAGUCUAGCAACAACCACAGGUGAUAUCAGUUUUCAGACAAAAUCAACAAAUGUUUCACCAUCUUUGAAAUGUGACAUACCUGAUUUCCCAAAAGUUGAAGCUAAUGUGGAAACUAGGGCAGGGGUAAGUGGAGAAAUUGAGGGUGGUUUUUCGGGUGAUAUCCAUAAAGGAGAUGUACAGAUCCAAGCAAAUGCACCAAAAAUUGGUGGUAAUAUUGCUAGUAAAGAAUACACAGCAGACAGUGACAUUUCCGGAAUUCCAGGAAAUAUGGAUAUCAAUAUUCCAGGUUUCAAAUUCUCCCAAAGUACUCCUAAAGCUACAAUAGAAGGGUCAUCAAGAGCUAACUUUAAUAGUGACCUCAGUCUCGACAUUGAAGGAAAGGCUCCAGAUGCGAAGAUUAAGGGAGAAAUCCCAGGCAUGUCUUUAGAAGGUAAUUUGCCAAGUAUGUAUGCAUCUGGGGAAAAGACAAAUAUCAAGUAUUCUGAAGAUACCCCAGAAGUGAAAAUAGAAGGAAAACUACCAGAACCCAAAGGAGACUUCAAUGUUGACCUUGGAAUUGAUUUGCCACAUGUAGGUGGGACAGAAAAAGAACUGGAAAUCAAAGCUGCAGGUGUGCCAGGUGUCACUGUUAAGGGCGACUUACCUGCCAUUGAUGUCCCCAAAGGAGAGGUCUCCAUACCAAGCAGUCCUAUUAAGCCAUCUGCAGGAAUUAAAGCUGAAGUUAAAGGUCCAAAGGGAUCAACAUCCCUUGAUGUACCUAGUGUUAAACCAAAGACAAAGAAAGCCAAGUUAGGCCCAUGUGCUUGUUUAGGGAAAUCAGGCAAGAUGGACAUUGAAGAACCAUAUAUAGAAAAGGAAGGUGAAGUUAGUGGAAGAUUUGAAAAUGUUGAUGCAGACAUAGGAGUUCAAGUAGAGGGACCAAGGGUAGAGGGACCUGAAGCCCAAAUUUCAGUUGAUGUUGAAUCUCCAGAGACAGAAAGUAGGAAAGCCAAGGUAUCAGGAAAGCCCAAGAUGUCAUUAGGAUCUUGCUUUGGAAAAGCAAAGCCACCUAGUGCCCGUAGUGAUUUAUCAGGUGAUACUGGUGUCGAAGGAACCAUCUCUGCUGAGCCACACAUCAAAGUUAAAGGGGCAGAUGUAGAAGGUCCAAGUGCAGAUAUUUCCCGUCCUAGAGGAAAAGCUGAAAUCGAUGUUGAAUCUCCAGAAAUUAAAGCAAAAGGAGGAAAAGUAUCAGGCAAACCAAAGAUGAAAUUUGGGCCAUGUUUUGGUAAAGGUAAAAGUAAGGGGAAAGAUGUAGAAGCAGAAAGUGAAUACAGAAUUGAAGGCCCAUCUGUUAGUGGUGAGAUUAGUCCUUCAUCACCUGAGCUAAGAGCAGAUGUCAGUGUUGAAUCACCUAAAGCCAAAAUCAAAGGCGAGAAACCCAAAACGAAGUUUGGAUCUUGCCUUGGAAAACCCAAAGAGCCAAAAGUUGAAGGUGAAUACCAAGCAGGAAAAAUAGCUGUUGAAGGUCCUGAUGUCAGUGGUAAAGUAGAAAUUCCUUCUGGUGAGGCUAGUGUUGCAUCACCAGCAGUAAGUGUAGAUAUCAGUGCUGAAUCACCUGAAGCUAAAAUUAAAGGGGAGAAACCUAAAUCUAAGCUGGGAUCUUGUUUUGGUAAACCAAAAGGCCCGAAAGUUGAAGGAGAAUAUAAACCUGUUAGAGUUCAAGCUGAAAGUUCUGGGGCUAGUGGUGAGAUUAAGGUCGCAUCACCAGAGAUAAGAGGAGACAUUGAGGCUGAAGCCCCUGAAGUAGAAAUUAAAGGAGAAAAGCCAAAGUCAAAACUUGGAUCUUGCUUUGGGAAACCCAAGGGCCCUGAUGCUGGGGGUGAAUACAAACCAAGUAAACUCGAAGUUGAAGGUCCAUCUGUUACUGGUGAGGCUAGUGUUGCAUCUCCCGCGAUUAGUGGAGAAGUUAGUGCCGAGUUGCCAAGAGGUGAAAUUAAAGGUGGAAAACCCAAAUCUAAGUUGGGAUCAUGCUUUGGGAAACCAAAAGAACCGAAAGUGGCAGGUGAAUACAAACCAGCUGAAGUAAACAUCGAUGAGCCAUCUAUUAGUGGUGAGGCAAGUGUCAAAUCACCAGAACUAGGUGGAGACAUUGGCAUUAAAUCACCAAAGCUCAGUGGUGAUGCAGAGAUCAAAGGAAAGAAGCCAAAAUCCAAAUUAGGAUCCUGUUUCGGGAAAUCUAAAUCCCCAGAAAUUGAAGGAAAGGUUGAAGCAGAAGGACCAGAGAUCAGUGGGGAAGUUGGUAUUUCAUCACCAGAGCUUAAAGGUGAUGUAAAUAUUGAAUCACCUGAUGUAAGAAUUAAGGGAGAAAAACCUAAAUCAAAAUUAGGAUCAUGUUUCGGUAAGCCUAACACACCUCGAGCAGAAGGUGAAUAUAUGGUUAGUACUGAAAGACCUGAAGCAGAGGCAGGAGUUUCAGCCAGAUCUCCUGCUAUUAAGGGUGAUGUUGAUCUAGAGUCCCCUGAGAUAAAGGUGAAAGGCAGUAAACCAAAGUCCAAACUUGGAUCAUGCUUUGGGAAACCAAAAAGUGGAAAGAUAGAAGGUGAAUACAAGCCAGGAAGUGUAGACAUAGAAGGCCCUGAUGUGAGUGCAGGAGCCAGUGUCAAGGCUCCUGCCAUUGAAGGAGAAAUUGAUGUUGAAUCACCUGAAGUAGAAGUGAAAGGUAAAAAGGUUUCUGGAAAGCCGAAGGCCAAGCUAGGAUCAUGCUUUGGCAAACCCAAAGAACCUAAAGUUAAAGGAGAAAUAGACAUUGAAGGUCCAAGAGUAGAAGGUGAAGUGCCUACUGGGAAAGCUGAAGUAGGUGUCAAGGCCCCUGAGAUGAAAGUGAAGAGUAAGAAGGGUAAAGGAAAAUCUGCUCCACUAUGUGCUUCAUGCAUUGGAAAGGCAUCACCUCCAGAUGUAGAUAUAGAUGCUGAUGUAGAACCAGGAAGCAUUAAGAUUCGUCCAGAAAAACCAAGCAUGGAAGGUAAAAUAUCAGUAGAAGGUCCAAGUAUUGAUGUUGAACCAGUAAAAGUAAAAGUAAAGGGACCUUCAGUGCCUGAAGUACCAGAAAUAAAAGGAAAUUUGGAUGUGGAAGCAGAUUUACCUGAUUUUGAACCAUCCAUUAAAAUCAAGGGUGAUAUUCCAGAUAUCCCAAAAGUAGAAGCAGAAAUGGGAGGAAAAGCUGAUAUUCCAGGAAUUGAAAUCAAGGGUAAUGUGCCAGAACUUCCAAAGAUAGAGGCAAGUGUGGAUGCACCUGAAUUGAAAGUGGAAGGAGAGCUACCCAAACUGAAAACGGAAGGUGAUAUUGACAUUGGAAUAAAUGUUCCAAGUAUAUCAGGAGAUAUUAAGGGAUUGAAUAUUGAAACACCCGACUUCCCAAGUGGCAAAAUUGAAGGAGAUAUUAAGGGUGACUUACCAAGCAUUGAGAUUCCUAAAGCUGAAGUCUCUCUACCAGCAGGCCCUGAAUUACCAAGUGCAGAAAUUAAGGGAGAAUUGAAGGGUCCAGAGAUCUCCGGUUCAGCCCAAAUACCAAAGGCAGAACUUAAGACAAAGAAAGCAAAACUUGGUCCAUGUGCUUGUUUAGGCAAACCAGGCAAAAUUGGCAAAGAAGAACCAUACAUGGCUGCCGAAGCUGGAGGAAAAGUAAGUGGAGAAGUUGAAGGUAUAGAUGUGGGUGUAGAAGGACCCAAAGGUAGUGUUGCAGUAGAUGUUGACUCACCUGAGAUAAAGGGUAAGAAAGUAAAGGCUUCAGGCAAGCCUAAGAUGUCCUUAGGAUCAUGCUUCGGGAAAGCAAAGCCACCAAGUGCCCGUGGUGAUUUAUCAGCUGAUGCUGGUGUUGAAGGAACCAUUUCUGCUGAGCCACACCUCAAAGUUGAAGGAGCAGAUAUUGCAGGUCCAAGUGCAGAGAUUUCCCUUCCAGAAGGAAAGGCUGAAGUUGAUAUUGAAUCCCCAGAAGUUAAAGUGAAAGGAGGAAAAGUAUCAGGCAAACCCAAGAUGAAAUUUGGACCCUGUUUCGGCAAAGGCAAAGAUGUAGAAGUAGAAGGUGAAUACAAACCAAGUAAAGUAGAAGUUAAAGGUCCAUCUGUCAGUGGUGAAGUCAGUGCAGCUUCACCUGAAAUGAGUGGAGACAUUAGUGUUGAAUCACCUAAAGCUAAAAUCAAAGGAGAAAAGCCAAAGUCUAAACUAGGAUCCUGCUUUGGAAAACCCAAAGGGCCAAAGGUGGAAGGUGAAUACAAGCCAGCUAAAGUUAGUGUUGAGGGUCCAGAAGUUAGUGGUGAAGUUUCUGGUGCCUCACCAGAGAUAAGUGCAGAGAUCAGUGCUGAACCACCCAAAGCUAAACUCAAAGGGGAGAAACCUAAAUCAAAAUUAGGAUCUUGCUUUGGUAAGCCCAAAGGCCCAAAAGUCGAAGGAGAAUAUAAACCAUCAAGAGUUGAUGUUGAAUGCCCAGAAGUAAGUAGUGACGUAGGGGUUCCAUCAGCUGAGGUUAAGGGUGACAUUAAGGUUGAUUCACCUGAUGUAAGAUUUAAAGAAGGUAAACCCAAAUCUAAGUUUGGAUCCUGCUUUGGAAAACCUAAAUCGCCUGAAAUUGAAGGUGAAUACAAAGCAGGAAAAAUUAGUGUAGAAGGACCUGAAGCAGAGGCAGGAGUUUCAGCCAGAUCUCCUGCUAUUAAGGGUGAUGUUGAUCUAGAGUCCCCUGAGAUAAAGGUGAAAGGCAGUAAACCAAAGUCCAAACUUGGAUCAUGCUUUGGGAAACCAAAAAGUGGAAAGAUAGAAGGUGAAUACAAGCCAGGAAGUGUAGACAUAGAAGGCCCUGAUGUAAGUGCAGGUGCCAGUGUCAAGGCUCCUGCCAUUGAAGGAGAAAUUGAUGUUGAAUCACCUGAAGUAGAAGUGAAAGGUAAAAAGGUUUCUGGAAAGCCGAAGGCCAAGCUAGGAUCAUGCUUUGGCAAACCCAAAGAACCUAAAGUUAAAGGAGAAAUAGACAUUGAAGGUCCAAGAGUAGAAGGUGAAGUGCCUACUGGGAAAGCUGAAGUAAGUGCCAGGGCCCCUGAUAUGAAAGUGAAGAGUAAGAAGGGUAAAGGAAAAUCUGCUCCACUAUGUGCUUCAUGCAUUGGAAAGGCAUCACCUCCAGAUGUAGAUAUAGAUGCUGAUGUAGAACCAGGAAGCAUUAAGAUUCGUCCAGAAAAACCAAGCAUGGAAGGUAAAAUAUCAGUAGAAGGUCCAAGUAUUGAUGUUGAACCAGUAAAAGUAAAAGUAAAGGGACCUUCAGUGCCUGAAGUACCAGAAAUAAAAGGAAAUUUGGAUGUGGAAGCAGAUUUACCUGAUUUUGAACCAUCCAUUAAAAUCAAGGGUGAUAUUCCAGAUAUCCCGAAAGUAGAAGCAGAAAUGGGAGGAAAAGCUGAUAUUCCAGGAAUUGAAAUCAAGGGUAAUGUGCCAGAACUUCCAAAGAUAGAGGCAAGUGUGGAUGCACCUGAAUUGAAAGUGGAAGGAGAGCUACCAAAACUGAAAACGGAAGGUGAUAUUGACAUUGGAAUAAAUGUUCCAAGUAUAUCAGGAGAUAUCAAGGGAUUGAAUAUUGAAACACCCGACUUCCCAAGUGGCAAAAUUGAAGGAGAUAUUAAGGGUGACUUACCAAGCAUUGAGAUUCCUAAAGCUGAAGUCUCUCUACCAGCAGGCCCUGAAUUACCAAGUGCAGAAAUCAAGGGAGAAUUGAAGGGUCCAGAGAUCUCCGGUUCAGCCCAAAUACCAAAGGCAGAACUUAAGACAAAGAAAGCAAAACUUGGUCCAUGUGCUUGUUUAGGCAAACCAGGCAAAAUUGGCAAAGAAGAACCAUACAUGGCUGCCGAAGCUGGAGGAAAAGUAAGUGGAGAAGUUGAAGGUAUAGAUGUGGGUGUAGAAGGACCCAAAGGUAGUGUUGCAGUAGAUGUUGACUCACCUGAGAUAAAGGGUAAGAAAGUAAAGGCUUCAGGCAAGCCUAAGAUGUCCUUAGGAUCAUGCUUCGGGAAAGCAAAGCCACCAAGUGCCCGUGGUGAUUUAUCAGCUGAUGCUGGUGUUGAAGGAACCAUUUCUGCUGAGCCACACCUCAAAGUUGAAGGAGCAGAUAUUGCAGGUCCAAGUGCAGAGAUUUCCCUUCCAGAAGGAAAGGCUGAAGUUGAUAUUGAAUCCCCAGAAGUUAAAGUGAAAGGAGGAAAAGUAUCAGGCAAACCCAAGAUGAAAUUUGGACCCUGUUUCGGCAAAGGCAAAGAUGUAGAAGUAGAAGGUGAAUACAAACCAAGUAAAGUAGAAGUUAAAGGUCCAUCUGUCAGUGGUGAAGUCAGUGCAGCUUCACCUGAAAUGAGUGGAGACAUUAGUGUUGAAGCCCCUAAAGCUAAAAUCAAAGGAGGAAAACCUAAAUCAAAAUUAGGGUCUUGCUUUGGGAAACCCAAAAGCCCAGAAGCAGAAAUUGAAUAUAAGCCUGCCAAAAUUUCAGCCGAAAGUCCAGCAGUUACUGGUGAAAUUAGUGGUGCAUCAGCUGAGAUGAAGGGUGAUGUUGAUGUUGGUUCUCCUGAUGUAAAAGUGAAAGGAGGAAAACCAAAAGCAAAGAUUGGAUCCUGCUUUGGAAAACCUAAAUCACCUGAAAUUGAAGGUGAAUAUAAACCAGGGAAAAUUAGUGUAGAAGGACCUGAAGCAGAGGCAGGAGUUUCAGCCAGAUCUCCUGCUAUUAAGGGUGAUGUUGAUCUAGAGUCCCCUGAGAUAAAGGUGAAAGGCAGUAAACCAAAGUCCAAACUUGGAUCAUGCUUUGGGAAACCAAAAAGUGGAGAGAUAGAAGGUGAAUACAAGCCAGGAAGUGUAGACAUAGAAGGCCCUGAUGUAAGUGCAGGAGCCAGUGUCAAGGCUCCUGCCAUUGAAGGAGAAAUUGAUGUUGAAUCACCUGAAGUAGAAGUGAAAGGUAAAAAGGUUUCUGGAAAGCCGAAGGCCAAACUAGGAUCAUGCUUUGGCAAACCCAAAGAACCUAAAGUUAAAGGAGAAAUAGACAUUGAAGGUCCAAGAGUAGAAGGUGAAGUGCCUACUGGGAAAGCUGAAGUAGGUGCCAAGGCCCCUGAUAUGAAAGUGAAGAGUAAAAAGGUAAAAGGAAAAUCUGCUCCACUAUGUGCUUCAUGCAUUGGAAAGGCAUCACCUCCAGAUGUAGAUAUAGAUGCUGAUGUAGAACCAGGAAGCAUUAAGAUUCGUCCAGAAAAACCAAGCAUGGAAGGUAAAAUAUCAGUAGAAGGUCCAAGUAUUGAUGUUGAACCAGUAAAAGUAAAAGUAAAGGGACCUUCAGUGCCUGAAGUACCAGAAAUAAAAGGAAAUUUGGAUGUGGAAGCAGAUUUACCUGAUUUUGAACCAUCCAUUAAAAUCAAGGGUGAUAUUCCAGAUAUCCCGAAAGUAGAAGCAGAAAUGGGAGGAAAAGCUGAUAUUCCAGGAAUUGAAAUCAAGGGUAAUGUGCCAGAACUUCCAAAGAUAGAGGCAAGUGUGGAUGCACCUGAAUUGAAAGUGGAAGGAGAGCUACCAAAACUGAAAACGGAAGGUGAUAUUGACAUUGGAAUAAAUGUUCCAAGUAUAUCAGGAGAUAUCAAGGGAUUGAAUAUUGAAACACCUGACUUCCCAAGUGGCAAAAUUGAAGGAGAUAUUAAGGGUGACUUACCAAGCAUUGAGAUUCCUAAAGCUGAAGUCUCUCUACCAGCAGGCCCUGAAUUACCAAGUGCAGAAAUUAAGGGAGAAUUGAAGGGUCCAGAGAUCUCCGGUUCAGCCCAAAUACCAAAGGCAGAACUUAAGACAAAGAAAGCAAAACUUGGUCCAUGUGCUUGUUUAGGCAAAUCAGGCAAAAUUGGCAAAGAAGAACCAUACAUGGCUGCCGAAGCUGGAGGAAAAGUAAGUGGAGAAGUUGAAGGUAUAGAUGUGGGUGUAGAAGGACCCAAAGGUAGUGUUGCAGUAGAUGUUGACUCACCUGAGAUAAAGGGUAAGAAAGUAAAGGCUUCAGGCAAGCCUAAGAUGUCCUUAGGAUCAUGCUUUGGGAAAGCAAAGCCACCAAGUGCCCGUGGUGAUUUAUCAGCUGAUGCUGGUGUUGAAGGAACCAUUUCUGCUGAGCCACACCUCAAAGUUGAAGGAGCAGAUAUUGCAGGUCCAAGUGCAGAGAUUUCCCUUCCAGAAGGAAAGGCUGAAGUUGAUAUUGAAUCCCCAGAAGUUAAAGUGAAAGGAGGAAAAGUAUCAGGCAAACCCAAGAUGAAAUUUGGACCCUGUUUCGGCAAAGGCAAAGAUGUAGAAGUAGAAGGUGAAUACAAACCAAGUAAAGUAGAAGUUAAAGGUCCAUCUGUCAGUGGUGAAGUCAGUGCAGCUUCACCUGAAAUGAGUGGAGACAUUAGUGUUGAAUCACCUAAAGCUAAAAUCAAAGGAGAAAAGCCAAAGUCUAAACUAGGAUCCUGCUUUGGAAAACCCAAAGGGCCAAAGGUAGAAGGUGAAUACAAGCCAGCUAAAGUUAGUGUUGAGGGUCCAGAAGUUAGUGGUGAAGUUUCUGGUGCCUCACCAGAGAUAAGUGCAGAGAUCAGUGCUGAACCACCCAAAGCUAAACUCAAAGGGGAGAAACCUAAAUCAAAAUUAGGAUCUUGCUUUGGUAAGCCCAAAGGCCCAAAAGUCGAAGGAGAAUAUAAACCAUCAAGAGUUGAUGUUGAAUGCCCAGAAGUAAGUAGUGACGUAGGGGUUCCAUCAGCUGAAGUUAAGGGUGACAUUAAGGUUGAUUCACCUGAUGUAAGAUUUAAAGAAGGUAAACCCAAAUCUAAGUUUGGAUCCUGCUUUGGAAAACCUAAAUCGCCUGAAAUUGAAGGUGAAUACAAACCAGGAAAAAUUAGUGUAGAAGGACCUGAAGCAGAGGCAGGAGUUUCAGCCAGAUCUCCUGCUAUUAAGGGUGAUGUUGAUCUAGAGUCCCCUGAGAUAAAGGUGAAAGGCAGUAAACCAAAGUCCAAACUUGGAUCAUGCUUUGGGAAACCAAAAAGUGGAAAGAUAGAAGGUGAAUACAAGCCAGGAAGUGUAGACAUAGAAGGCCCUGAUGUGAGUGCAGGAGCCAGUGUCAAGGCUCCUGCCAUUGAAGGAGAAAUUGAUGUUGAAUCACCUGAAGUAGAAGUGAAAGGUAAAAAGGUUUCUGGAAAGCCGAAGGCCAAACUAGGAUCAUGCUUUGGCAAACCCAAAGAACCUAAAGUUAAAGGAGAAAUAGACAUUGAAGGUCCAAGAGUAGAAGGUGAAGUGCCUACUGGGAAAGCUGAAGUAGGUGCCAAGGCCCCUGAUAUGAAAGUGAAGAGUAAAAAGGGUAAAGGAAAAUCUGCUCCACUAUGUGCUUCAUGCAUUGGAAAGGCAUCACCUCCAGAUGUAGAUAUAGAUGCUGAUGUAGAACCAGGAAGCAUUAAGAUUCGUCCAGAAAAACCAAGCAUGGAAGGUAAAAUAUCAGUAGAAGGUCCAAGUAUUGAUGUUGAACCAGUAAAUGUAAAAGUAAAGGGACCUUCAGUGCCUGAAGUACCAGAAUUAAAAGGAAAUUUGGAUGUGGAAGCAGAUUUACCUGAUUUUGAACCAUCCAUUAAAAUCAAGGGUGAUAUUCCAGAUAUCCCGAAAGUAGAAGCAGAAAUGGGAGGAAAAGCUGAUAUUCCAGGAAUUGAAAUCAAGGGUAAUGUGCCAGAACUUCCAAAGAUAGAGGCAAGUGUGGAUGCACCUGAAUUGAAAGUGGAAGGAGAGCUACCAAAACUGAAAACGGAAGGUGAUAUUGACAUUGGAAUAAAUGUUCCAAGUAUAUCAGGAGAUAUCAAGGGAUUGAAUAUUGAAACACCUGACUUCCCAAGUGGCAAAAUUGAAGGAGAUAUUAAGGGUGACUUACCAAGCAUUGAGAUUCCUAAAGCUGAAGUCUCUCUACCAGCAGGCCCUGAAUUACCAAGUGCAGAAAUUAAGGGAGAAUUGAAGGGUCCAGAGAUCUCUGGUUCAGCCCAAAUACCAAAGGCAGAACUUAAGACAAAGAAAGCAAAACUUGGUCCAUGUGCUUGUUUAGGCAAACCAGGCAAAAUUGGCAAAGAAGAACCAUACAUGGCUGCCGAAGCUGGAGGAAAAGUAAGUGGAGAAGUUGAAGGUAUAGAUGUGGGUGUAGAAGGACCCAAAGGUAGUGUUGCAGUAGAUGUUGACUCACCUGAGAUAAAGGGUAAGAAAGUAAAGGCUUCAGGCAAGCCUAAGAUGUCCUUAGGAUCAUGCUUUGGGAAAGCAAAGCCACCAAGUGCCCGUGGUGAUUUAUCAGCUGAUGCUGGUGUUGAAGGAACCAUUUCUGCUGAGCCACACCUCAAAGUUGAAGGAGCAGAUAUUGCAGGUCCAAGUGCAGAGAUUUCCCUUCCAGAAGGAAAGGCUGAAGUUGAUAUUGAAUCCCCAGAAGUUAAAGUGAAAGGAGGAAAAGUAUCAGGCAAACCCAAGAUGAAAUUUGGACCCUGUUUCGGCAAAGGCAAAGAUGUAGAAGUAGAAGGUGAAUACAAACCAAGUAAAGUAGAAGUUAAAGGUCCAUCUGUCAGUGGUGAAGUCAGUGCAGCUUCACCUGAAAUGAGUGGAGACAUUAGUGUUGAAGCCCCUAAAGCUAAAAUCAAAGGAGGAAAACCUAAAUCAAAAUUAGGGUCUUGCUUUGGGAAACCCAAAAGCCCAGAAGCAGAAAUUGAAUAUAAGCCUGCCAAAAUUUCAGCCGAAAGUCCAGCAGUUACUGGUGAAAUUAGUGGUGCAUCAGCUGAGAUGAAGGGUGAUGUUGAUGUUGGUUCUCCUGAUGUAAAAGUGAAAGGAGGAAAACCAAAAGCAAAGAUUGGAUCCUGCUUUGGAAAACCUAAAUCACCUGAAAUUGAAGGUGAAUAUAAACCAGGGAAAAUUAGUGUAGAAGGACCUGAAGCAGAGGCAGGAGUUUCAGCCAGAUCUCCUGCUAUUAAGGGUGAUGUUGAUCUAGAGUCCCCUGAGAUAAAGGUGAAAGGCAGUAAACCAAAGUCCAAACUUGGAUCAUGCUUUGGGAAACCAAAAAGUGGAAAGAUAGAAGGUGAAUACAAACCAGGAAGUGUAGACAUAGAAGGCCCUGAUGUAAGUGCAGGAGCCAGUGUCAAGGCUCCUGCCAUUGAAGGAGAAAUUGAUGUUGAAUCACCUGAAGUAGAAGUGAAAGGUAAAAAGGUUUCUGGAAAGCCGAAGGCCAAACUAGGAUCAUGCUUUGGCAAACCCAAAGAACCUAAAGUUAAAGGAGAAAUAGACAUUGAAGGUCCAAGAGUAGAAGGUGAAGUGCCUACUGGGAAAGCUGAAGUAGGUGCCAAGGCCCCUGAUAUGAAAGUGAAGAGUAAAAAGGUAAAAGGAAAAUCUGCUCCACUAUGUGCUUCAUGCAUUGGAAAGGCAUCACCUCCAGAUGUAGAUAUAGAUGCUGAUGUAGAACCAGGAAGCAUUAAGAUUCGUCCAGAAAAACCAAGCAUGGAAGGUAAAAUAUCAGUAGAAGGUCCAAGUAUUGAUGUUGAACCAGUAAAAGUAAAAGUAAAGGGACCUUCAGUGCCUGAAGUACCAGAAAUAAAAGGAAAUUUGGAUGUGGAAGCAGAUUUACCUGAUUUUGAACCAUCCAUUAAAAUCAAGGGUGAUAUUCCAGAUAUCCCGAAAGUAGAAGCAGAAAUGGGAGGAAAAGCUGAUAUUCCAGGAAUUGAAAUCAAGGGUAAUGUGCCAGAACUUCCAAAGAUAGAGGCAAGUGUGGAUGCACCUGAAUUGAAAGUGGAAGGAGAGCUACCAAAACUGAAAACGGAAGGUGAUAUUGACAUUGGAAUAAAUGUUCCAAGUAUAUCAGGAGAUAUCAAGGGAUUGAAUAUUGAAACACCCGACUUCCCAAGUGGCAAAAUUGAAGGAGAUAUUAAGGGUGACUUACCAAGCAUUGAGAUUCCUAAAGCUGAAGUCUCUCUACCAGCAGGCCCUGAAUUACCAAGUGCAGAAAUCAAGGGAGAAUUGAAGGGUCCAGAGAUCUCCGGUUCAGCCCAAAUACCAAAGGCAGAACUUAAGACAAAGAAAGCAAAACUUGGUCCAUGUGCUUGUUUAGGCAAACCAGGCAAAAUUGGCAAAGAAGAACCAUACAUGGCUGCCGAAGCUGGAGGAAAAGCAAGUGGAGAAGUUGAAGGUAUAGAUGUGGGUGUAGAAGGACCCAAAGGUAGUGUUGCAGUAGAUGUUGACUCACCUGAGAUAAAGGGUAAGAAAGUAAAGGCUUCAGGCAAGCCUAAGAUGUCCUUAGGAUCAUGCUUUGGGAAAGCAAAGCCACCAAGUGCCCGUGGUGAUUUAUCAGCUGAUGCUGGUGUUGAAGGAACCAUUUCUGCUGAGCCACACCUCAAAGUUGAAGGAGCAGAUAUUGCAGGUCCAAGUGCAGAGAUUUCCCUUCCAGAAGGAAAGGCUGAAGUUGAUAUUGAAUCCCCAGAAGUUAAAGUGAAAGGAGGAAAAGUAUCAGGCAAACCCAAGAUGAAAUUUGGACCCUGUUUCGGCAAAGGCAAAGAUGUAGAAGUAGAAGGUGAAUACAAACCAAGUAAAGUAGAAGUUAAAGGUCCAUCUGUCAGUGGUGAAGUCAGUGCAGCUUCACCUGAAAUGAGUGGAGACAUUAGUGUUGAAUCACCUAAAGCUAAAAUCAAAGGAGAAAAGCCAAAAUCCAAACUAGGAUCCUGCUUUGGAAAACCAAAAGGUCCAGAAGUUGAGGGUGAAUAUGAUCCUGCUAAACUAGAUGUUAAAGGUCCAGAAGUUAGAGGUGAAGUGGGUGUUUCUUCAGCAGAGGUCACAGGGGAUAUUGAUGUUGAGUCUCCAGAUGUGAAAGUCAAAGCAGGAAAACCUAAAGCAAAGUUGGGAUCUUGUUUCGGUAAGCCUAAAUCACCUGAAGUUGAGGGUGGAUAUAAACCAGGAAAAGUUAGUGUAGAAGGAACUGAAGCAGAGGCAGGAGUUUCAGCCAGAUCUCCUGCUAUUAAGGGUGAUGUUGAUCUAGAGUCCCCUGAGAUAAAGGUAAAAGGCAGUAAACCAAAGUCCAAACUUGGAUCAUGCUUUGGGAAACCAAAAAGUGGAAAGAUAGAAGGUGAAUACAAACCAGGAAGUGUAGACAUAGAAGGCCCUGAUGUGAGCGCAGGAGCCAGUGUCAAGGCUCCUGUCAUUGAAGGAGAAAUUGAUGUUGAAUCACCUGAAGUAGAAGUGAAAGGUAAAAAGGUUUCUGGAAAGCCGAAGGCCAAACUAGGAUCAUGCUUUGGCAAACCCAAAGAACCUAAAGUUAAAGGAGAAAUAGACAUUGAAAGGUCCAAGAGUAGAAGGUGAAGUGCCUACUGGGAAA